GGAUCUUGGCCCAUUUUUUUAUUUUAUUUUUUAAGUUUGAACUUGAAAAAAUAUGUAAGCAUUUCUGUUUAUGUUUCUAAUUUUCUUUCUCCAUUUUUCUCUUCAUCCAAUCUUGUGAAAGAAAAUAUAUGUUUUUUCUUUUUUCUAAAACAAGUACAAGGAACCAUCAUCUGUUGACAGUGGAGGAAGAAUGAGAAAUGGGGAAAGAGACAAAGAAAUUGAAAUGGGUACAGUGAUAGUUGAAAAAGUUGGAGGCAAAUCAUCAGUGACAAACUGCUUAUCAAGAUAUCCCCUAAAGUUCAUCAUACCCAAAAAGGUGGGUUCUUCCAAAACUGAUGCUGUCUGGGUUUAUGCCCUCACUUAUGGAGGUGGAAUUUUAUCUGGUGAUCACAUUUCUUGCAAGUUUUCUGUGGGAGAUACUUGUACCAUGGUGUUAACCACCCAAGGUUCUACUAAGGUCUUCAAAUCUGUGGGAUCUAAGUGUUCUGAACAAACAUUAGAGGCACGAGUUGGAAGCAAUGCGCUUUUAGCCAUCAUUCCAGAUCCAGUAACAUGUUUUUCCACUGCAAGAUACUAUCAGAAACAAGUCUUCAGUGUGUUUUCAGACUCAAAUUUGGUCAUUGUUGAUUGGAUUACGAGUGGGCGCCAUGAAAGUGGAGAAAAAUGGGAUUUUGAUCUAUAUAGAAGCACCAAUAAUAUAUUCUUAGAAGAUGGUCAACCUUUAUUUCUGGAUUCGAUGUUAUUAGAGAAAGGAAAAAUUGGCUGUGUACAGGAACAGAUGCAAGACUACCAAGUAAUUGCAAUGAUUGUACUCCUGGGGCCAAAGAUGCAAUAUAUCCAAAAUCUAGUGCAAGAUCACGUGAAAAGAAUUAUGUCUGAGCAAUUACAGCAUCCUUCCGCUGCCUUGAGCCACCAAAGAGACAAAGCUGAUCCUUUCCUGACAAAGCCAAGCUUCAUGGCUUCUUGCAGUGCGUUUGGUCCUAAGAGAAUUGGUCUUCUUGUUCGAGUGGCUGCUGUGACAACUGAAUCAGUUUAUAAUUUCCUUAAACAUCAAUUGGCUCCCUUGGAGCCAAUGAUUGGGGUGCCACCUUACAGAUAAAGUGAAGUGUUUUCUGAAAGAAUCAUAAUAAUUUAUAUUGGAGACCUACAUGUAUAAUAGUUUUACUUUCUUUUUAUUCAUGUAUGUUAUUUAUUCUAUACCAAUCUGCAUUCAAUUGAAAAUGACCCUAUACAUCCUUGACCGACGCCAUAUUGUGAACCAUGUAUUGUUUUGUACCAAUGAUUGUGUUGUGCAUGGAAAUUUGAGGCAACCACAUGGAGGAUGUAAAAAAUCAUGCACCACCAUCU